GAAUCCCACAAAAGGAGGUUCCAACUGCACCCAUUGAAUAUCAUUCAACCCAGAAAUGUUGAGGCAAGUUUCUUUCAUUUUCUUGCUUAUUAUUUUCUGUUGUUAUUCAGGAGUCGAGUCCAAAUUAGGUUUGAAGCAUGUUACCGAUGAGGUUGAAGUGAACGUGGCUGCAAGUAGGGUUUGGAAGCUUUACAGGCACCUUGGGAAUUCAUUCCUUGCAGCUGAACGACUCAAAAAUGUGAUCCAAAGUGUUCAAGUUUCGAAAGGCGAUGGCGGUGUUGGAACUAUUCUCAAACUCACUUCUGUUCCAGGGAAUUCAAGCUAUACUGAAAAGUUCAUUGUGAUUAAUGAUGAGAAGAGGGUGAAAGUGGCAAAGGGAUUGGAAGGAGGGCGUUUGGCAAUCGGUUGUUCGGUUCAAAUUGUUCGGCUUGAAAUUAUUGAGAAAAGCAGUGGUUCAUGCAUUAUUAGAUCGGAUAUUGAUUACGCUGUGAAGGAGGAGUUCGAAGGUGAUGAUCCAAAGCCUAAUAUCCAAGUCAUAGCAGCAGCUGUACGAGUUGCUAAAAGAUUUCUGGAGAAUCCAGGAACUGCAAUGUCAGCUUAAUUUAACAGAUUGAUGGUGA